AUGUUUACUCUGCUUUCCGUAGGCUUAAUCUUUUUAUUUUACUUAACUUUGAUAAAGCUGGUGUAUUACCGAUACAAGGUAAAAUGGCCAACGUUAUGGAAUAAAAUGUUGCUGAGGUUAAGAGGCGAAGACAUCAAUUUGUACCGGACACGCGAAAGACAUGAGUCGUACUCACGGAAAUCAGUAAAAGUUGCGCACGAGCCUGGUGAUGUUCGGGUGCUGCUUGUCACUGCGCAUCCCGACGAUGAGUGCAUGUUCUUUGCACCAACAAUAAUAAGACUUGUUGAGCUAAAUGUCUCCAUUCUUGUAUUAUGUUUAUCGUCAGGCAAUUACUACAACCAAGGGGUCCAACGUCAGAAGGAGCUCCUGGACAGUUGUGCAGUUUUGGGAAUACCUGCUUCGCAGGUCACAAUCAUAGAUGACAAAGAGCUUCCAGAUGAUCCUAAGGUGGAGUGGAGUGUUGCCCUGACAUCAUCUCUCAUACUGAAACACAUCAGGACCCACUCCAUCAACCUUGUUUUGACCUUUGAUGGACGUGGAGUAAGCGGCCAUGCCAACCACAUUGCCAUCUACAAAGCUGUCAGUCAUCUAGCUUUCGCCGGGAGAAUACCAGCUGACUGCCAGGUCCUUGCCUUACGCACUGUAAGCAUCCUGAGGAAGUACCUGUCGGUCCUGGAUUUACCAAUCAGCUGGCUCCGUCCCUCUGAUUUGUGCUGUGUCAUUGGCUUAGAGGAGUGUAGGCGUGCCAAGAGGGCUAUGCUGUGUCAUCGCACCCAGCUCCUGUGGUUUCGAUACCUCUACAUUCUAUUCUCAAGCUACAUGUUUGUCAACACAUUCCAAGCCAUCGCCGUGGAGACAAAGAACCUGAAGAUCUACUAGUCACAGAUGGCUCUCUCAUACAGCUGCGUGGCCUGAGGGACAACACUAAGGCACUGAAGGCUUUUGUCGACUGUUUACCCACUGUCACUCUAAUGGUUUAAAGAAUGUCUUCUUUGUGACAAAGACCUCUUUUCUACUGUUCUGUACAGUGC